GGAAGGAAGGAGGACGCGGAGGGCAAAGGGAAAGCCAAAGGCAGCCCCGCCGCGAUGAGCUUCCGCCCGGAGGACGGCGUGGGCAGCCUCUGCCACAAGGCGCUGCAGAUCAUCUCCGAGCUCUGCCUGGGGGGCCAAGUGGAGCUGGAGAAAUGCUCGGGCAUCUUCCCAUUGGAGACCACCAACCAAGACAUUUCCGUCAGCCUGCUCGCAGUCGUCGUCAGCUUCUGUGGACUCGCUUUGCUGCUAGUCUCUCUCUUUGUCUUCUGGAAGUUGUGUUGGCCAUGCUGGAGGAGCAAGCCGAUGACUUCUAAUGUGACGAGCAUCCCUCAAAGCAACUCCAGCGCUCCUCCAGAGGUUUUGGAAACUAAUGAGAAAAAGGAAACGAUUAAAGAAAAUGGGAAGCCCUCAACCAAGAUCCUGGAGGCUGCCAUAAAAAUUAGCCACACCUCACCUGACAUUCCUGCAGAAGUCCAAAAUGCUCUCAAAGAACAUCUCAUCAAACAUGCUCGUAUGCAAAGGCAAAUCACAGAGCCGACAUCUUCAUCAAGGCACAAUUCUUUCAGGAGACAUUUGCCAAGGCAAAUGCAAGUGUCCAGCAUUGAUUUUAACAUGGGGACAGACCCAGUUUUACAAAGAGGGGAGACAACUACCAGCAUUGGAAGGAUAAAACCUGAGCUUUACAAACAGAAGUCUGUGGAUUCAGAAGGAAAGAAAGAGGAUGUGAAAACCUGUGGGAAACUUAACUUUACCCUCAAGUAUGAUUACGAAAAUGAACUGCUAUUGGUGACCAUUGUCAAAGCUUUGGAUUUACCAGCAAAAGAUUUCACUGGUACAUCAGAUCCCUAUGUGAAAAUCUACCUUCUUCCAGACCGAAAAAAGAAGUUUCAGACACGGGUUCAUAGAAAGACUUUAAACCCUGUCUUUGAUGAAACCUUUCAGUUUCCUGUAGCCUAUGAUCAACUUUGCAACAGGAAAUUACAUUUCAGUGUCUAUGACUUUGACAGGUUUUCAAGACAUGAUAUGAUUGGGGAAGUUAUUCUUGACAACUUUUUUGAAGUGUCUGAUCUCUCUAGAGAGGCCACAGUGUGGAAAGAUAUCCACUGUGCCACUACAGAAAGCGUUGAUUUGGGGGAGAUUAUGUAUUCCCUUUGUUAUUUGCCUACAGCAGGGAGAAUGACCCUCACAGUCAUCAAAUGCAGAAAUCUCAAAGCUAUGGACAUCACUGGCUCAUCAGAUCCAUACGUCAAAGUAUCCCUCAUGUGUGAUGGUCGCCGACUGAAAAAGAGGAAAACAACUAUUAAAAAGAACACUCUCAAUCCAGUAUACAAUGAGGCUAUCGUUUUUGACAUCCCUCCAGAGAAUGUGGACCAAGUCAGCCUCUCCAUUACUGUGAUGGACUAUGACCGAGUAGGACACAAUGAGGUGAUUGGAGUAUGCAGGACUGGACUUGAUGCAGAAGGACUUGGAAGAGACCACUGGAAUGAAAUGCUGGCAUACCCCCGGAAGCCAAUCACCCACUGGCAUCCCUUAGUAGAGUUGCCAGGCCGAGCAACCAGUUUUGACAGUCAAGGAUCUUGUUCAUCACCCAAGCCACCACUUACGCCCUAGACUGACCCAAAGGUCCUGAUGAUCACAAACUCAUCGUACUAAUACACAACUGAAGGUUUGGGUCCAAGUAAUAACCUGCAUCCAUAUCCUUGCAUUUAUAAUCCGUCAUUUUUCUACCAUGUUUUUGUUUGUAGUUCUUAAUUUCCCAUUGUAUCUGAUCUGAGUACUGGACACAGGAUGUCAUGGAACAUGGUCAAAAUCAUUUCUUUCUUUGAAUGAACAAGGCAUUAAGAACAAAUAUAUAUUAUAUGGGUCCUGAAAGCAGUUUCAUCUUCAUGAAAGCACAGCCUCUGUUAAUACUACGUUUUCUUUUGUAUAUUCCUUUUUUGACACAUUGCCUCUAACCUAUUAGCAGUUUUACACAUUACAUGCAGUAAAAAAAAAUCAGGUUUGCCACUGGAUGGAUGAGUAGUUUAAAGGGAACUGCAGUCAGUUACAAAUCCCUGAUGAGUCUACCACACAUUUUCCUGAUUCAUCCUGAAUCUUUAUUGUACAUCUAAAAGUAUAAUGUGUAAAGAGGCAUUUGUUAGGGUCAAACUAGACGUGAUGCUAAAUGUUUCUUUGCAGUUAUUGUCAAUGGUUGUUGUUUUGUUUAAGUGUAAAUAAAUAGCCACUACCAGAGGACCUAAUAGUUAUUGAUAAUCACAGCAGGUAAGAAGGGGUUUUUUCCUGUUGUAGUCCAGAUGGAAAUUAUUUUUCCAGAGCACUUAAGUAUGUCAUAUUUAUUUGACUUUCCGUCAAACAGCAGCUAUUUGCCCUUUUUUUCUGUGUUUGCACUUUAAACGCAAAAACAUUUGAAAAUCAUGUCUAGUUUGGUCCUUGGUUUGUCACUUUAGCCUUUAGGGCUAUUAUUCAAAAUAUGUACACCUUCUUUUGUUAUAUCAAAAUGGCAACUAAAGGGCACUUGCUUUUCAGCCCACAAAUUUUCUAUCUGAGAUUGAUGGAAGCAUAAAAAGAUGACAUGAAGGAAGGUGAAAAAAAGCAUGACAAAAGGGUGUUUCUCCGUCUCUCUUUCUUUUCGUCUAUUCUAAUGCAUGAAAGAAAAACCUGGACUGCCAUAUGAGGGCAACAGGCUUAGCCCAGAGCUAGCCAUUGUCCUACCACCAAUGCUACAACACACAUAUUGUCCUAACAGUGUUUAUAUCUGAUAUUACUUAAUGUUUCAAUAUUGUGUAUGGAAGGGUGAACCUCAUACAUUUGGCUAUAGAUAGAUACUACUCACUAGCAGUAUAAAUUGAUAUUUCUGUCUUGAUGGUUAUGGGUUUAACCCAGUGUGAGCAGUGUGUGUAUUACUCUUUCAAGAAAGUGUUCUUUAUUAUCCUGAUUUAUAAGACUUGAUUCUUACAGAGACAUGUAAUAUGUAGAUUAACUUUGCAGGAUUCUUGCAAUGUACUUUGUAGGUUAGCUUUUCUUUUAAAUUGCCAUCACAAAUAUUGUGAAAGCACUGUUUGGUUUUGCAAGGCCCAUGCAUACUUGUGCACACAAUCUAGAUAUUUCAAAGCUCUUUUCUGUUUUCUUCACAUACAAUCUAUAACAAAAAGGACCUUGCGCUCUAUAUUUUUGUAGUGAGAUACUGUAAGUUUGAACUUAAAUAUAUUUUGCACUGUUUUUCACCUAUUAUUCCCUUCCCAAUCCCUAUCAAGUUUGCAAACAAAUGUAGCAUAGCGUUCUGAAAAGAACAUAUAAUUUUUUUAUUCUGUCAUAGUUUUCUAUUAACCAUCAUAACUUUUAUUAUAAAUAGGAAAGUAUUUCACAUCUCACAGAUUCAUUUAAACUAUUAUCAAACACCAAAGGAAUAACAUUUCUGUUUGUGCUCUUCCUUGUUCAUUUAAUGUUGCAAUCCUGUUGGCACUUAUUUGGGUGUUUGUCCCACUGAUCUCAGCAAAAGUGACUUCUAGGCCUCAGUAUAUUUAUUCACAUAAGAGUCAGUUCAGCUGGUAGAGGAGCAAAUGGUAGGCACAUCACAUGAUGGAAGAGGCUACAUUCAAUCCACUCAUUUAAAGCAAUAUGUAAGGAAGCUACUGCAUGGAGAGUUCUAUAUGAAUACAUACUCAGUAUCAUUUUUUCCUUCUCAAGACAAGAAUUGUGCAAACUGAGCCACCAUGCAUAUAGAUAUUCACAUGGAAUGUGUGCUUCUCAUGCUUUUUUUGUGUGUGAUGGAGAGCAGAGGAGAGAAAUAAUACAUAUCUCCCCUUCAACCAUAUACAUGGAUCUUCACACAGUCAGAGUGUAAAUGUGCAUAGAGUCAGCUACAGGGCUGUAGUUAUACACAAAGUUGUGUAACCUGUACUCAAGUAACCUGUGUGUUGUUCAAAGGCAGCAAUGGCUCCCAAAGCCCUGGCGCAUUGGCUCCAAUAUGCAUGUCAAGUCAUCCAAGAUCUCCAUGAGUAAGAGCUUCUUCAUUAAUCUUCCAAGGAGAACAAUUCAUGCAAGGAAUUUUCCCCAGCAUUUCAUAAGGGGCCCUGGAAGAGAAUCUGUAGCUACAUCCCUGUGUAUGUGAUCUUAUGGAAGUGAAAGCAAGGUGCACACAUACUGCCCUGGUUUUUCAUCUACUGCAGUAUGUAUCAACCAUUCUUCAUUAAUUUUCCCUGGAGAACAUUUCAUGCAAGCCUAUGAAAGGGGCCUAUGUAUGGCAGUUUAAACAGGGUCUACAUACACAGAUCCUUUUUCCUUCAGAUGAUAUGCACAGUGAAGAAGAGUAUAAAAUGCCACGGCUCAUUGCUCUCCCCAGACAUGUAAUACUCAUAUGAGCCAUCUGAAUCAGCACUUGAUGACAUAUAAAUGCAUAUAGGAUUGCAACCAAUGUUAGUAAUAGUGCCCCAUAUUCUUUUGUAAAAUCUAACAUAUAUCUCUGAAACACUAAAAUUGAUGUAUCAGCAUAAACUUCAGCUGAAGAUACCAAUUUUUUCCCAGAAAGUCAAAUACAUUUUGAAAGAAGGAUCAUUCAUCUCAGAGUAAGCACACAUUCUACUUGUUUUUGCAGUGGACAGAUUUUGGAUAGUUUGGUGAUUCAAAAACCUUAAAUCUUAUUUCAUCAGAGGUCAGAGUGAGAUGCAAAAAAAUGUGCUGUACACCAAGAGGAAGUGAUGUUUACCUUGAACUGUUUGUUCCCUUGAACACUAGUCUGUCUUCUUCCUGGAAAACGUAAUCUUACUGUCCAACUUUGGAAGUUAAAUGCCAGCUGUAAAUUACUUACUGUUCAUUAUCAAGUCUUGUGUUUCAGUAACGUAACUGUGGGCAUUUCCUCCCCCCCCCCCCCGCCAAAAACCCCCCUGAUCUUUGAGCUUAUUCCUGCAUCUGUUUAAGUUUACUUAUGAUAGUCUACUGAUUGCUGUCAAACUGCUCUUUAGAUGCAUGUACUGUAUAAUCUUUUCAGAAUUUGUACAUUCAUCCCAAACUAAAACUUAGCAAAUGCAAGAGGAUAAAUGAACAUUUAUUUCAUUGUUUUGAAAUCAUGAAUAUUCUUAAGGUGGACAGGGACAGAAUUUCUUGUUCCUGUUUUUGUAAUUUAUUUGAUGCUCUAUAAGCAAUCUUAAAUACACUGAAGGCAGAUAAAUUUAGAACAUGCCUUUGAAACAAAUUACCAAUAUAGAAGGAGAGGUUUGUGCUUAUCCUAUGUUUGCUCCCUCCAAAUUAGAUGCAAUGGUUUCACCCCUUUGUUAACCUAUGAUACCUAAAUCCAAUUACUAGUCCAAAGCAGCAACAGUAUUUACUUGAAGAGAUUGACUUACUAUUCAAUAGUAGGUCUACUCUUGCUGGAAAUAGCAGUUGAGUUUAGACAUAUAUAUCACCUAAGUAGGUUGCAGAAGAAUCCUUUAUUACAUAAUUCCACAUGUGUGGAUAGUAAAGUUUGCUUGUCUUGAUUUAUUAUUUCACACUAAUUCAUCUUCCCCUGCAACCCCAUUAGGCUCAGGGUAGUAAAUAGCCUAUUUGAGAUGUGGUACUGAAGAAUGAUGAGAAUAUGGUGAACAGCUAGAAAGUCAAACAAAUGAGUCCUAGAGCAGA